AUGUUUUAUAACCAUCAAAGAGAAAGAGGAAAUUCGUCACUUCAAUUUCAUCUUUUUCUUCUGAUACUAUUCAUAUUUUUAUUGUUACCAUGUAAAAUAGAAUCUCGACUUACAGAUGGUAGUGAUAAUAAUUUAAACAAUCCAACUUCUGGUGCUCCAAAACAAAAUUUUCAAAUGAAAUAUCCACCCGAACCUUUUUUUGGUCCAGAUGGAGAUUCAAUGAUAAAAACUCCUUCUGAUAUUGUUGACACUGACCCAAAACAACCAAUACCCAAGUGUACUGAUCCAUUACCAGCUGAUACUUAUCCAAUGCCAAGAUGUAUCUCUGACAUUAUAACUAAUUAUCAAUUAGAUCAAUUUGAUAUGGCAAAGGCAAUGGGUUAUCGAUCUAAAAGACAAACUAGUCAUUUG